AUGAAUUGCACUCAUCAUAUUCUAAAUCAAGUAUAAACAAUUUGCAUAGCUCCUCAUCAAUGUAAAUGUUAAAGGAAGCUUUGCCCUGAAUGCCAAGAUGAACAUGGAGUGGAUGUUUAAUACAUAGUUUCGAUGAAAAAAUUUCAAGAUAUAUUUAUGAAGAAAUUAAAAGAAUUUACUCUUGAUGAUGCCUAUAAAAUAGUUAAAUAGAGAAUGAAUUUUCAAUCAAUGCUGUCUUCAACACUAAAUAUGCUAAAACAAAUUUUUGAUGAAUUAACAAAAUCAAUAAAUUAGAUAUAUGAUUAGUUUGAGUUGGAAGAUAAAUCUUACAUGAAUUACAUUAACAACUAUGUGAAUCCUGUUGAGUUGACUAAUGCUGAGUUAGAAAAAUUAGUCUAAAUUAUUAUAGGAAAACAAUUAGAUGAUUUGAAUAUUUAGAAAAACUCUUAGUUGAAGAGGUUGGAAAUGGUAAAGCAAUAAUGGGAAAUGGAAACAAAGGAGUUUUGUGAUAAAUUGAGUAAAGAAAUGAAGGGGAUUAACUAAUUAAUUAAAAAAACUGAUAAUUCAUAAGAAAACAUUCCUGAAAUUAAGUAAGUUUAUAACAGAAGGGAAGAUAUGUAUUAGGUAUUGACUUAGACUAGGUAUUUUGAUGGAUCCUACCUUUAUGAGCUACAUAAGAUACUUAGAAAUAAUAAUAUUACUAAUUGUUUAGAGUACUUGUAAAGUAAAACUCAAUUGAAAUUUAUAGCUUCUAUGAUUUAAAAUAUUAGCGAAAUAGAUUUUAAUAAGAAGAAUUAUUCAACUGAGAACUAUGAUUAAAUUAGAAAGGACUUAAGAAAAUAAAUAUCUUAUGAUUAGUACAUAAUUGAAUUUUUGAAAUUCCUAGUACUUCUUACAGCCAUUGACGAGAGAUUUAUCUAUAGCGGAUCGAACUCACUCAAUUUAUUAGUAGAAAUGAAAGUGGAUUUGAGAGAAUACAACUUUGAGAAUAUAAGGAUUAGAGAUACAUCUUUGGUUGGUGGAAAUUUUGUAAGAUGCAAUUUCAAUGGAUCCAAUUUUGAAAAUGUUGAUAUAAGUGGAAUGAACUUAAAUGGAGCUUAAAUGCUCAAUUGUAAAUGGAGAAAUAUAAAAAUACAUGAGUUAAAUUAAUUGAAUGGACAUGAUAGUUAAGUGUACUCAGUCUGUUUUUCUCCUGAUGGUUCUACGUUGGCAUCUAGUAGCGGUAUUAUUUGUGGUGGAGGUGACUGUUCUAUCCGUUUAUGGGAUGUUAAGAGAGGAUAAUAAAAACUCAAAAUAGAGUAUCAUUAAAAUGUGGUUAGAACGCUUUGUUACUCUCCUGAUGGUGCUACAUUAGCAUCUGGUAGUUAUGAUAAAUCCAUCCUUUUAUGGGAUAUUAAGACUGGAUAACAGAAGGCAAUAUUAAACCAUCUUUAAUAUUAUGUUAAUACAGUCUGUUUUUCUCCUGAUGGGACUACAUUAGCUUGUUGUAGUGAUAAUAAAUUUGUCCUCCUAUGGGAUAUUAAUACAGGAUAAGAAAAGAAUUUAGAUGGUCAUAGUUAAGUUCGAUCAGCCUGUUUCUCUCCUGAUGGUACGACAAUAGCAGCUGGUAGUGUUGAUAACUAUAUCCGUUUAUUGGAUGUUAAUUCAGGAGAAUAAAAAGCUUAAUUACAUGGUGAUCAUAGGAUUUAUUCAAUCUGUUUUUCUCCUAAUGGUACUACAUUAGCAUCUGGUUGUGAAGAUAGCUCUAUUCUAUUAUGGGAUGUUAAUACAGAGAAAAUAAAUGUCGAAUUAAAUGGUUAUAUGGGCACUAUUCGGUCAGUUUGUUUCUCUCCUGAUAGUACUACAUUAGCCUCUGGUAGUGAUGAUAACUUUAUCCGUUUAUGGGAUGUUAAGACAGGAUAAUAAAAAACAAAACUACAUGGUCAUAAUUAUGGAGUUCUCUCAGUCAUAUUCUCUCCAGAUGGUACUAUAUUAGCAUCUGGCGGCAAUGAUAACUCUAUUCGGUUAUGGGAUGUUAAAACAGUAUAUUAAACCAAAUUAGAUGGUCAUACCAGUGGACUUCUAUCAGUCUGUUUCUCUCCUGACGGUUCUACAUUAUCAUCUGGUGGUUAUGAUUAGUUUAUACAUAUUUGGAAUGUUUAGACAGGGUAAUAAAUCGGCAUAUUAGAUGGUCAUCGUAGGACUGUUCGAUCAGUUUGUUUCUCUCCUAAUGGUACUAUAUUAGCUUCUGGUGGUGAUGAUAAUUCUAUCCGUUUAUGGGAUGUUAAGCCAGGAUAAUUAAAAUCCAAAUUAGAUGGUCAUUGUAGCACUGUUCGAUCCGUUUGUUUCUCUCCUGAUGGUACUACAUUAGCAUCCGGAAGUGAUGAUAAGUCUAUCCGUUUAUGGGAUGUUUAGACAGGAUAAUAAAAAGCCAAAUUAGAUGGUCAUUCAAAUUAUGUAAGAACAAUUUGUUACUCUCCUGAUGGUACUACAUUAGCAUCUGGUAGUUAUGAUAAAUCUAUUCGCUUAUGGAAUGUUAAGAAAGGGUCUGUAUUAGCCACAUUAGAAGGUCAUACUAAUUUUGUUUAUUCAAUUUGUUUUUCUCCUGAUAGUUCUACAUUAGCAUCUGGUAGUUUAGACUAAAAUAUCCGUUUAUGGGAUACUAAGAAAGGGAAUGAAAAAAUCAAAUUAGAAGGUCACACUGAUGGAAUUUUAUCUGUCUGUUACUCUGUAGAUGGUGUUACAUUAGCAUCUGGGAGUAGAGAUCACUCUAUACGUUUAUGGGAUUCUAAGACAGGAUUAUAAAUAGCCAAAUUAGAUGGCCAUACUGAUUAUGUUCGAUCAAUCUGUUUCUCUCCAGAUGGUAUUAUAUUAGCAUCUGGUAGUAGAGAUAGCUCUGUCCGUUUAUGGGAUGUAAAAGCUAGAAAAGAGACAUUGCCUUAAGAUACUCUUUACAAUCAAAUUCUGCCUUAAUUUAGUCCCAAUUCCUUUUCUAACAAAGUUCCUCAAGAUAAUAGUAUUUAUUUUUAAUAGAAUUUAGCUACAUCUAAUAUAACUAUCCUUCGAAUUUCGUAGUAUCCCAAUUUAGAAGGCUAAGGAGCUCUAAUAUCAAAAGGAUAAUUUGUUAAUUAUUCAGGUGUAGAUUUAUUAUAAUUAUUCAAAUCAAAAGGCAGUUUGAUUUUAGAAAACAAACAGGAAUGA